AUACAAGCACGGGAAUGGACUAGAACGCCUAUAUAUAUCGUCACCUUGCACAGCAUUUUCUUAUACCAAAAACAAUUGCAAUCACAUAGAAUCGAAAACACAAGUUUCAUACUCAGUACUCAUAUUCUAACAAAAUGGCUAGAAUUGUAAUGAUGGUCUUAUGUGUAGUCGUGACUUGCAUGGUGGUGGCGGAACCCUAUGCACAGGCUAUUACCUGUUAUAAGGUGGCUAGUGACUUAUGGCCAUGCUAUGGCUACUUAACAAAUGGUGGUGUUGUGUCAUCGUCAUGUUGCAGUGGGGUUGAGGCACUCAAUAACGCUGCAAAUUCAGCCUAUGCUCGUCAGACUAUAUGUAGCUGCUUGAAGAGUGCUUACUCAGCCGACUCCGGCAUCAAGCUCUCUAUCGCUGCCAGCCUUCCCAGCGAGUGUGGUGUCGACGUUCCUUAUAAGAUCAGUCCAACUACAAAAUGUUCCACGUUGGGGUGA